CCCAUUGGCCAGUACAUUUUCCAAUGAGCAUCUGGAGUGCGCAUAAAGGUUGCUGACAAUUGAUAUCUGUGCGGGGAAAAAACUACGUCAAGUAGGCGCUGUACGAAUUUUACGAAUUCACGAAGUGAUAAAGAUACACUGUUUACGGGAAUUUUAUGAUGUUCAUGUAAUAUUCUAACGACAUCCGAAAUUCGCCUAUACAUUUCCAUAUUUAAACCACACCAGAAUACACUCCACAUAGAAAAAAAAACAUGUUUUCUGGAAUAACCAAUCAAGUUACCUCUUGGAUGGGUAGUGUUAAAGGUGAGACCGAAGAAAAAGUACCCACACCUACAGAAGACAACGCGUUACUAGGACAGGAACCAAAAGAAGGCAUAAGUAGCCCAACCAAGCCUCAGUCAGGCGGAGGGAGUAAGCUGGAAAUGUUUUCAAACGUAAAAAAUCAAAUUGAAGGUAUAGGAGGUUGGCUGGGCUCGAGCAUACCCAAACUUCGCAAAGGAGAGCAAGAUGCCGUCAAUCCAGAUGCUUUAGGGCAAGAGAAUCCCGCUGCUGAAACUGGGUCGCCGGUAGCUGCCGAGCCCUUGAGUAAACCAGCUAAAGACGAUGAUGAUAAUUCCAGGUGCGCUACUGGCGGAGCCGAUUCUGGACCACAGUCAGCGAACGAAUCUCCAACUGACGAGAACAAGGAGGGUCAAUUUGGAAAUGUACAAAGCAAGGCACUGGCUGGAGCAAAGUCGUUCGGGAGCUUCUUAUAUUCUGCUGUAAAUAAAGCUGGCAAGACAGUCAGUGAGGCAAGUGCUAAAAUAAAAGAGACUGUUGAAAAAAAUAACAUCUUAGGUGAAUUUAACAAAGAGCAAGACGCAUUUGUGAAAGGAAAGGCUAACAACACGUCUACAGCACUGCCACCUUGGGCGGGCUGCGCAAAUGAAGAACACCUCAAAGAAGAAUGUUUAAGCCUUUCAACUGAUCGCAGGAAUUUUGUUAGGGCUCCGCCUACAGGGGUCGAUUUUCAGUUCGACUAUGAGAUAUCUUACCCAGUAGCCAUGGCGAUUAUGGAACAGGACCCCAAUUUGGAAAAGAUGCGUUAUGAACUCGUGCCUAAAAUAAUAUCCGAAGAAGAGUUUUGGAGGAAUUACUUCUAUCGCGUGAGUCUAAUAUGUCAAGCCAAUGAAAUGUCGGUAUCUAGGGAAGGUGCAGAUUUGGUUUCCAAUACCAUAGUAGAUAAGGCUGAUAUGGUGCAUGAGUUUGUAUCAGAUACUGUGAAAAUUAGUAAAGAAGAUUUGGCUGAAGUCAAUGAAGGCAUGAAAAAGCUAGCUUUAGGAACCAAAACACUUACGGAAGAAGACUGGGAGAAAGAAUUAGAAGCCGAACUGAACGAUUAUGAGAUGAUUGGCGACCAGAAAUCCGUGGAUACAAAGGGUAAUAAUUGGGAAGAGGAAAUUGAAGAAAUUCUACAAGAAACAGAUUUGAAAUGAGGAUUAUCUUAACAAAGUAUUGAGUUAUUUUGACUGAUUAGUGUUUAUAUAUGAAAGUUGGCUGUUCCUUUUUUUACUUUUCUAGUCACUUUUAAUGAUUAUUCUUACUGUUGAUUUUGUAAAAUUUCUAGUUAUAAUAGUUUAAGUUAAUGAUGUAUUAAGCGAUUUUUGGAUGGACACUAUUUGUAUUUAUAUUAUUUCAAAAAGCAAAUUUUAAAUUAAAUAUAUGUUAUCUCUUUGUCUGUUAAAUAUUUAAAUAAGUGAUAAUAUUAGAUUCGACAAGAAAGUCUACACUAAAAUAGGGAUUAAAGUAGUAUAUUAUUCUCUAAAGAAAAUAAAUUAUAUAGUUUAAAAAUCUAAUUUCCUUAAAAUAUGAGUAACAAUCAAUUGAGUCAUAUGUCUUUGCAAUAUAUCUCCGUUUCAAAAUCGAUAUAUCAUGUGUUGAAAAUGUGUAAUAUAUUAUAAAUAGAUGUAAUUAUAUAUUAUUUAUAUAGCCCAUUAAAGCUGUUAAAUAGGAAACAUUUUGAUUAAUUAGAUAAUCAUUUAAAUGUUUAAUCAUUACGACAUAGAAGUCGCUUUAUCGUGUUUUGAAGCAUGUUUCUGUCGUAAUCGUUAUAAAAUCCUUUUAAUUGUUGAGUAAAUGUAUUUG